AUGAAGAUCAAAGCCCAGAUGGCGCCUUGGACAGGGGACACAUCCUGUGCUGAUUAUCUCCCGAUCACCCAAGAAAUCUUUCGAGAGCUAUCUGUUUUGGAAAAGCUUACUGAGGGUGGUUGUAGCAGCACACCCCGCUUUAUUGACUUCCUUGCUUUUGAACAGGAUGAUGAUGAUCCUGUCCCUGAUGGAUACUUUGUGGUGUUUCUCUUGGAGAAACUCCCUGGGGUAAACCUUGAACGGAUAUUCUCUGAAUUCUCCCUUGAGAAGCGAAAUCGAGUGCGGAUAGCCUUUGCUAAAGCUUUUCGGUAG